CAACACCAGACCAAGCACAACUUCCCCAGAGCGCCACGGUAGCGACACAUUGCCCUUCCCCUCUCUUACGACUGCGACGACAUUACACCACGACCAUCUACGACUUCGCCCAGCAUCAUUUCCUUGCACAACUGCCCUGCGACCAGGCAGCCAUCUCUUCCAGCUCGGAGAAAGAAGGAGAUUACGAGUUCACAGCCGUGACGAGACUCAUGCGGGGGCUGGAGAUCGUUGACCGGGCUUCAAAGCUCGACCAGAUCUGCUGCUGAGCAGAGAAUGGCCUCAUCGUAUGCGCUGCCAGCAUCUGCCAUGACCCACGGCCACAACCAUGGCCAUGGCCACCUCCAUUCGCACUCCCACUCUCCAGGACGACAAUACACUGCCAACUCCCCUCGAUCUUUGAAGCCCGAGCGGUCGAACGGCAGCUUGCAUGCGCAUUCUCUAUCAAUGUCACAUAUCGAGCCCGAGCAUACACACUCCCAUCAUCACAGCCAUAGCCAUGGUAGAGAACACUCUCCGUCGCCAUAUCUCCCCACUCCGCCGAACAGCAAUGGCUUACCGCCUAUCGCCGCCUUCGAAAAACAAACAUAUCAAACACACGAACUCUCCCCCGCACUGUCGCAGGCGUCUCCAGACGAAGCCCCAUCAUAUCACAGCCACCAUAUACAUUCGCACGAUCAUACUCCGCCAAUUGAACCGCGCUCCAGAUUUACAAAUUUUUUGCUGCCAUUUGUGUUAAGAUGGCCACUUCUACAUACCAUAAUGGCAGAGAAAGACUCGAGGAGGAUCUUCUAUUUUAUGAGCCUCAAUUUUGCAUUUAUGGUGGUACAAGCAUGUUACGGCUACCUUACAGAUUCCCUCGGCCUUCUCAGCGACAGCAUACAUAUGUUCUUUGACUGCUUGGCAUUAGGGGUUGGAUUAUUUGCCGCAAUCGCUGCCAAAUGGCCUCAGAGUGAAAGAUUCCCGUAUGGCUUUGGAAAGAUCGAGAGUCUUUCAGGGUUUGGAAAUGGUGUGUUUUUGAUGCUAAUAAGUAUCGAAAUUAUGAUCGAGGCAACCGAAAGACUUGCGGAUGGCCGAGAAACCAAACGGCUGAUGGAGUUGUUUGUUGUCAGUGGUCUGGGUCUAGCCGUCAACUUGAUUGGCAUGGCAUGCUUCGGACAUCAUGGCCACGCAGGACACGAUCACGGCCAUAGCCACGGGCACUCUCAUUCCCAUUCCCAUGAGAAAUCACACUCGCACGAGGGCCAUCACCAUCACCACAACGAGCCAUGUCAAGACCACAAACACGAGCACAGCGAUUCGCACUCCCACUCCCACGAUACACCCCUCUUAGUUAAUUCCAGCCCUCCAAAAGCACACUCCCAUUCCCACGACCACGACAACGAAAACAUGCACGGCAUCUUCCUGCACGUACUCGCAGACACCAUGGGUAGCGCCGCAGUCAUGGUCUCUACAGCCCUCAUCCACCUCACCGGCUUCAAUGGCUGGGACCCACUCGGCUCCGUCGUCAUCGCAAUCCUGAUUUUCAUGUCCUCCGUCCCACUCAUCAAAUCUUCCGCUCGAAAGCUGCUGCUCACUGUCCCGGAUGAAACUGAAUACUUACUCCGUGACACUUUAUCCAGCGUCUCUGACAUCCGUGGCGUAGCAAGUUAUUCUGUGCCUCGGUUCUGGGUUAGUGAUGGACCGGUGGGAGAUGGCGAGAAGCUGUUCGGUGUAAUGCAUGUUGUAGCCACGAGAGGAAGUGAGUUAGACGAGGUUCGCGAGAGGGUUGGCGAGUUCCUGGUGAGGAGGGGCGUGGACGUUGUGGUGCAGGUGGAGGGGAUUGGGGAGAGCGGAUGUUGGUGUGGAGGCGGCAGUGUCGGGAAGAGCCCGCUUGCGCAAUAGAAAGAUUUUGUAUGAUAGUUGGAUGGAGUUGGCAUAGGAAAGACGAAUGCAUAUAUAUGAGGUUGGAUGAAAGUGAAGAUGGCUGGAUGUUGUAGAAUAGGCGGGUUGAAAGCUAUCAGUUGAGAUGUGCGGGCGGCAUUUUAGAUAAGAGUUAUGAUACCAUGUACACAACAAGCCCAGUUGGCACUUAUCAUUUUGAUCUCGAUCACGAGAUAAAAACAGGAUUCCUGGAAAGCCGUAUGGGGCUGACACUUUUCUCCCG